AAAAGGGAAGAAAGACUUGUUUCAUUGUUUCAUAAGAGGCUGAGCUUUGGGGCAAAAUUGUAGUUUUGGCCUAAUUCCUUUGCAUAGCUGUAUCAGUCCUAUACAUGGAAUGAAGUGUAAGCCAUAACUUACUAUAAAAAUGGAGCUUUAUGAAAAUCCUGAGAUUUUCCUGCUCAUCUUACCCACGUGGGAUGGAGGCAGGAUAUAGAUUUGGCUGAUUUUUUCCAUCUCCCUCUACUACCUCUGAGUACUACACAUCCUGAGUGGUGCUACAAAUGAGCAUCUUUUAAAUAGUCAGAAAGCUGGCAUUGUUGCAGCCUUGUCCUAAAGUGAUGUGGGGAAAUCAUGGAGAAGUCUUUCUGAAGGAACGAGUGUAGUACUUGUGAAAAAUAAGGGGGAGAAAGCAUGAGAAAGCUGAGCAGGACCCAGUUGUGUCUUUGAGGAGAAGCUUAUGCCUCUUGGUGUACCCCAGCCUCACACUGUGUGGUGACGUAUAAGCCUUUAUGAUUAAUGGAUCCAAAGCCACAGAGACUCUGAGCAGAGGUAAUUGUCAAUUAUUUUUGCAAUCUGGUAAAUAUAUAAAACCUGAUGCAACUAAAUUUUUGGUAUAUUUUUUGUCAGACAGUACACUCGCUGCUUAAGGGAUUUAGCAGGCAAUUCGGUACUUUGGUGUAAUGCAGAAGAAUUUCAUAUUCACCUGCUGGUCUAGCUGUCAUUUGGAGAAGUGUCAGGCCUUCACAUCCAUCUCUGGCAUUUGUUGCUCCUUGAUGCAUUUUAACACUUGGGGACUUAGAGGGUAAAAUUGUGGGAAUAAGAAGAUAGGACCUAAUGAAGUUUGGCUUGUUGAAAGUCGAAGGAUGAUCCGAGAAGCAUGAGAAUAGGUAACCUUUGGGCUGUGUUACUUCAGAGGUAGCUGUGUGGUGUAGUUGUACAGCAUGCAUUUAAAGUAAUAAUUUUUCAGCUGUAAACUGAUCCUAGUUACCAUACAGGAAAAUCCACUUAAAGUUUGAACCCAGCUGUUAAAUGCAUAACCAUGUCUGUGUUCAUGAGGUUCAGACUGCAGCCGUUAUAUGGCAUCCCCAGAUAUUAAUCUCUCACUAUUAAUCAGCAGCAAAAGUAGCUUAAGGUGAGCAUUACAGAUGCUCGAAAUCUCAUCUCUUCAGCAUCAUACCUUGAGGGAAGAUAGCAAAUACUUGGGUCUUUCUUUCUUUCAUUCCCUCCCUCCUUGUUUUUCUAGGAGAUAUGGUUCAACUCAGGCCAUAAGAAAUGUACUUUGCACCACUUGUUCUGAAUUGGAGUUUAUCACCCAUCCUCACCUUGACAGAGAUACUGGGUUUGAAGGCCUGACAUGUUUUGCAGUGGCAAACACUUCACUUGUGUGAUUUUUGAAUGCCUGUUGUUCCAGAUUCAUCACUAGAAAGCAGAAUAUUUAAGUGGACUGAAGCCAGUUUUCUAGACGGCAUGGCCUUGCGAAGUUCUGGCAAGUUGAGCAUGGAGACCAGAAGAGAUGGUGAGAGUACGGCCCCUGCUCCUCCCCAGAAGAAGCUGUCCUGCCAGUGCCACCACCACUGCCCUGAGGACUCAGUCAACAAUACCUGCAGCACUGAUGGCUACUGCUUCACCAUAAUAGAAGAGGAUGAGUCCGGUGGACAUUUAGUCACCAAGGGAUGUCUCGGAUUAGAGGGCUCAGACUUCCAGUGUCGGGACACUCCUAUUCCACACCAAAGAAGAUCUAUUGAAUGUUGCACAGGCCAAGAUUACUGUAACAGACACCUUCACCCUACACUGCCACCACUGAAGAAUCGAGACUUUGCUGAAGGAAACAUUCACCACAAAGCUCUGCUCAUCUCAGUGACUGUUUGCAGCAUCCUUCUGGUGCUUAUCAUCAUAUUCUGCUACUUCAGAUACAAGCGCCAAGAGACGAGGCCCCACUACAGCAUCGGGUUGGAGCAGGAUGAGACCUACAUUCCCCCUGGAGAGUCCCUGAAGGAUUUGAUCGAGCAGUCCCAGAGCUCAGGGAGCGGUUCCGGGCUCCCUCUCCUGGUUCAAAGGACCAUUGCAAAACAGAUUCAAAUGGUGAAGCAGAUUGGAAAAGGUCGCUAUGGAGAAGUCUGGAUGGGAAAGUGGCGUGGAGAAAAGGUAGCAGUGAAAGUGUUUUUUACUACGGAGGAGGCCAGCUGGUUCAGAGAAACCGAAAUCUACCAAACUGUCCUGAUGAGGCAUGAAAAUAUUCUUGGAUUCAUUGCUGCAGAUAUUAAAGGUACAGGAUCUUGGACCCAGCUGUAUCUUAUCACUGACUACCAUGAGAAUGGCUCACUUUAUGAUUACCUAAAAUCUACUACCUUGGACACAAAAGCCAUGCUAAAACUGGCUUACUCCUCUGUCAGUGGCUUGUGCCACCUGCACACUGAGAUCUUCAGUACUCAGGGCAAACCUGCUAUUGCCCACCGUGACCUAAAGAGUAAGAAUAUCCUGGUGAAAAAGAAUGGCACCUGCUGCAUAGCAGAUUUGGGCUUGGCUGUUAAAUUUAUCAGUGAUACAAAUGAGGUAGACAUCCCUCCAAAUACCCGUGUAGGAACAAAACGUUAUAUGCCUCCUGAGGUGCUGGAUGAAAGCUUGAAUAGAAAUCACUUUCAGUCGUACAUCAUGGCUGAUAUGUACAGUUUUGGACUCAUCCUUUGGGAGAUAGCAAGGAGAUGUGUUUCAGGAGGAAUAGUUGAGGAAUACCAGCUUCCAUACCAUGACCUUGUGCCCAGCGACCCCUCGUACGAAGACAUGCGGGAGAUCGUGUGCAUCAAGAGAUUACGCCCCUCGUUUCCCAACAGAUGGAGCAGUGAUGAGUGCCUACGGCAGAUGGGGAAGCUGAUGAUGGAGUGCUGGGCUCACAGCCCUGCCUCCCGGCUCACAGCCCUGCGCGUCAAGAAGACGCUUGCCAAAAUGUCAGAGUCCCAGGACAUUAAACUCUGACUCUGCCAGAGGCAGCUCUGGUGGAGGCCCCUGGAAAUGGACUUUCUUGUGCAGGCAGAAGACCUGAAGAUGGAUCAGAAGUCUUUCCUAAGUACCUUGAAUGGAGGAGUCACGCUUAAGAGCAGCUGUGAGUUUUUGAGGAGACUAUCCAUUGAAAAAUCACCUGAAUUUUGACAUGCAAGAUGGAAGAGGCUUGUCUGCCCUUGUUUACAUGGGGAAAUACAGUUUUAGUAACUGGUUUAAGAUUAUGCAUGUUGCUUUCCAUGAAAGCCACUUAUUAUUUUAUUAUUAUUAUUAUUAUUGUUAUUAUUAUUAUUUUGAUGGUUUAAAAAGAUACUGCUUUAAAUUUUAUGAAAAUAAAACUUUUGGGUUAGAAGUAAAAAAGAUGUAUAUUGUUACAUUAAAAAAAAUUGGAGGAAACUGCUGAAAAUGAAAGCAAAUCAACUUUUUCAUUUCCAAAAAGACUAUUGCACUCCAGCCUUAAAAAAAAACAAAAAACAAAAACAACAAAAAGGUGAGUGGAUCUGUGUAGCUCAGAGGAGCUGUAAUGGAGCUUGCCUUAAAAGCCACCUAUUUGUGGAGAUAACUUUCCAAACCCUGUGUGUGCAAGUGAUUCUCAGAGUACAAAGAUGGAGCCCAAUUACAUCCCUGACAUCCCAGUUGGUGUGGGUGGCCUGAUUCCUGUGGGUGGCCCAUCCCAGGGAAGGUCAUGCUUUGUUUAAGGUACUUGGGAGCUGUAUGAAUAUGGUUUGGUGUGACUUGUUUAAAGAAAAUCUUCAUGUUUCCAGGAAACCUGAUGGGAAUAGUACCACAGUGAUAAACAAGUGCCCUUUUUCUUAGCUUUUUUUUUCCUUCCUUUUUCCCCCACUGCAAAAUAAAAUACUUUGUGUGUGAGUGGAAAUGAAGUACACAUUUGAAUCUGCUGGGUAAUUUGUAACUUCUAGGACCCACAAACAACCACUGUUCAAGAGGAAAUUCCUUGUGAGAAGGAAUUACUAACUUGCUCUUUCAUUUGUGUAAAAGUGAGGGGUCCACCUACAAGCACAGCUGAGAAAAAAAAUAUCUGUGUUCCCUUUUUUAAGGGAAAGUGAAAAACCUCAAAAGUGCCCAUUUCUGAGGUGGCAUAUAUUUUUUUGAGUGUGAGGAGACUGGUGCCUUGAGGCUGUAGUAGGAAGUGACAGGGAGGAAGGGUGGGACACAUUAGGUGGGUGGUGAGAGCUGGGAGCUGUGGGCAGCAGUGGGUACCUGCCUCCAGCACUUCUGCUGUAGUGAGAGACACCACAAACUGAACUAUUAGCUCGAGCUUUGUCUGCAUUUCUCUUUUGUGUGCCCUUCCAGCAGCCUCCACACCUCUGGCAGCUGCUGCACAGUAAUGCCAGGCUCAGCUGCCAGGCUGGGGCUUUGUAGCAAUGUGGCUCCCAGCAAGAGGAGCUGUCAGGGGAGAGAGGCAGUGGGAAAUCUAUUUUCUGUCUUCCCCUGUUCUUCCUUCCUGGGUCUGCAGUGGUUGUAGCAAUGCUAAUGCUACAGAAGGGGAAAUGAGAGGUGAAAUACACCCUGGGAAGUGUUUUCUUUGGAAAGGUUCUGUUCUUUGUCAGAUUACCAAAGCUGAGCUGCAUGGGAGUUACUGGUUUACCCUUUUUUACCCUUCAUUUGUUUUUUAAAAAUUUCCUGCCUGCCUAUGUUGUUUUACUAGAUGGUGUUCAGCUUAAUUUUGAAAUAAGUCCUUACAAAUGCUGCUUUGAUUAUGCUAAGCCUAUUUCAGAACUGAAAUAAUUGCCAUGCAGGAUUUAGCCUCAGCACUUAUGUAAUGGUUUUUGUUGUUUGUUUUUUUUUUUCCCUUUUUGGACAAAACUGAUUUAUUUGUGGUAGGUAGGUGUAUAAUUGGGGUUUAGCUUAACAGCUCCCUGAAGGUAUUUCUAGCUGGAAAAAUUACCAUUUUAUACUUUCAAGCUAACAGAGAAAAAUGCGUGGUUCAAGAGAACCAGCAAGACCUCCAUGAUGAUAGGUGUCAAAAAGCUUAAUCAGAAGUUUUUUGUUCAUUAGAAUGCUUUUUCUACAAUGCAGUUUCCCUGCCGUUACUCAAAUUUACCAAGCAAUACAAAAUCUCUGAGAGUUAAUAAUACACCAAAUCCUGACCCCAGGAGGGGCAAGGAUGGUUUCCCCAUCCUUAAAACAUGUUCAUGAGGCUGAGAGUGGAGUUGGCUCCUCUCCUUGACCACCUUGGCCUUGAGAUUUGUGGGCCGGAAUGGGGACAGCCCAGCCUCUCUUCACCUUUUUGUCUUAGUGAAUGGAGCCAUGGCUUUCCAGUCUCAUUUCUUCCCAUAAAAGCCAGCACACUCUGUGGAACUGAGAUUUCUCAGCUCCAAAGAAGCACCUGCAGGUCCCAGGUCAAAUUUUUUUUUUUUUAAAUGAAUUAGCAGAGCUCUCUCCCCAGGAGUGUUUUGGAGGAUGCUUUGCCAGCUGGCAGCACGAGGCAUGCAAUGAAUGCCCCUGGCACCUGCCAUCAGCAUGUUGCAAGAGAAAGGGCCAGCCAUUGGUUUCCUGAGCAAAUCUUACCUUUUUUUUUUUUUUUUUUUUUUUUUUUUGGUCCAGAAGAAAAGGGUCUAAGAUACUGGUUGAUAGAUCACAUAAAGUGUGUAUGUUAAAUGUUCAAGUUUAUGUGUUUUUAUAUAUAUAUAAAUAUAUAUAUAUAUAUAUUCAGUUGCAAGUCUGGAAUAGCUCCAGUAUGUGGAUUAAGAAUAAACUAUUAUGGAUGAAAAAGCACUAAAUAAAACAUAUUAUUUAUUUAUGAAAAUGCAUAAAUGACAAAUCACUGCAACGGUGCUGUAUAGGAAAAUAGAUAAAUAAAUAUAUAUAUAUGAGGUGACACACACUGAGAAAGCAAACAGUCUGCGGUUGUGUAACUAGUGCCUGCCUACUUUCUCCCAAGACCAGAUUUUGCCCUCAAAUCUCCUAUCCGCUGUAAUCUAUUGUGAAGGGCUAUUCCUAAGGCCGAAAAACAGCCUGAGGCAAGUGUGGAGGUCAUUUGUUCCAGCACUGUGACAUUCAAGUCAGAAUGCCUGCAUGGGUGACUUCCUGUAACACUCAGUGUGUCAUUAUUGAGGUUCAGCCCCUGCAGUGACUGCAGGUUAGUGUGUUUAUUUUGCCAGGUAUGGCCUUUUAAUGUCACUUCCAUAUUUUGGUAGCUUCAAAGGGCACGCUGAUGAGGGCUUGGAAGUCAGUGGUAAAGAUAAUUGUGGCUUCGAUGCCCACGGGUCUAGAAAUCCACUUUUCAAAUGUAAAUCACUCAAGGAAGUGUAGUUUAGUUUCUUACUGGCAUAGGUGAGAUGGCAUAUAUAAGUGGGAGAAGAAACAAAAAGAGAGAUGCCGUCUAGCAACUGCUAUCCUUUCUCUAGCACAAAGUUAUUUCUAUUAAAGAAAAGGUUGUCAAUGUAGAGACUGAGAAACUAGUUUGUGUUCUUUUUUGAGAACCAGUGCCUUAUUAAACCUGUAAAUACUGUAAUUAGAAAACCUGGGGAACAAACUGUGUUACGUUGUAUUUGUUCAAAUUGUAUAUGGUUGUUUUAACAUUCCCCCCCAAUAAAAUUGUUUCCAUCUCCCCAUGACAGAGAUUGCUAUUUCCUUUUCAUGUGCUUGAAAAGCACCAUCUUUUUGUUUUAUUUCCCUGGCUAGAUUAUUUUGACUGUGCCUCAUUUUAUUUAUU